AUGUCAAACUAUGUUCAGGGUUUUGAAGAUGAUGAACAGUUUCAGAGUGCCAAUAACUUCUCGCAGUCCUCCAAUGGAAGCCCUGUCAUGAUUGAGAACAACCCGGAUGCAGAAGUUGUAGCCCUAUCUCCAAGGACUCUAAUGGCGACCAACAGGUACAUCUGUGAGGUGUGCCAUAAAGGAUUUCAGAGAGAUCAAAACCUCCAGCUUCACAGGAGAGGCCACAACUUGCCCUGGAAGCUAAAGCAGAGGUCAAGCACACAGGCCAAGAAGAGAGUUUAUAUUUGCCCCGAGCCGAACUGUGUGCACCACGACCCCAGUCGGGCUCUCGGCGAUUUGACUGGCAUAAAGAAGCACUACUGCAGAAAGCACGGAGAAAAGAAAUGGAAGUGCGACAAGUGCUUGAAAAGGUAUGCCGUCCAAUCAGAUUGGAAGGCGCAUACCAAAAUCUGUGGUACGAGAGAGUAUCGUUGCGAGUGCGGAACAAUUUUCUCAAGGAAAGACAGCUUCGUCACGCAUAGAGCCUUCUGCGAUGCAUCGACAGAAGAAAAUGACAGAAUGAAUCAGAACCUCACAGCUUUUGGAGGAGGAAUGUCACAAAACCAAACUCAAGAGGCCUUAAACCCCUUGCUGCCAGGCGAUUCCUCCUCAAACAUAGACUCUAUGAUGAACUUGUCCUUUAAUAAUGAGGACAUGGACACCUCGCUGAGGCCACUGGCUCUCAACUCAGCAGGGGUUGUGAUACCGACUAUUGUGGAUCCUUUCAAUAACGCGAGAGCUUCCCGAGCAUGUAUGGCCUCGAUUGGCGGAUCGAACAGCCUUGCCUCUCUCAGCAUGGCCUCUGCUUACACAUCCGCAACAGCCUUGCUUCAGAAGGCUACUGAAAUGGGUGCAAAAAUAAGUGAUAACACGAUCUCUCCGAUACUAUACAGAGGAUUUUCUGGUUACUCAGCUGGCGGCUCAGUGAACUCAUCUGGGUCAGUGCAGGAUGGAAGUUUUGUAGUUAACAACACGGAGCUGAGGCAAUGUGUCGGAAAACAUAAUGCAUUGAUGGAAGUGGAGAAUCAGAGCACCGGUCCUGUUCCACAGGUUGGAUUGGCCGACUCGGCAUUUUUUAUGCAUGACAAUAGGAAUGUUGGCAACAUACUUGGUGGAGAAUACUACACAGGAGGAGGUGAAAAAAUGACAGUUGAUUUCUUAGGGGUUGAUCCGGCUGGGCAAUCAAGGACUGGGGUUAAGAGAAGUCACGACGGCAGUAUGAUAGGGUUAGGACAAUUGACUGCACCUGAAGGCCUGCAGAAUUUGCAUCCAGAUUGGUGA